AUGCCAAUGGCUACAGAUAGUGAAUUUGUCCAGACAUUGAGGCAAUGUAUGCUUCCGGAUGGACCCCUAGAAGACAUUAUCAAUGAAUUUGUAGCCGAGAUUGAAGAGCGGCUCCGCGAAAGCGAUGUAUCUAUGCUGCCAAGCGGGGUGGUUAGGCAGAACAGGCCUGGCGGCGCACACACCGGAGAGAAAUAUCUAGCAAUUGACUUCGGCGGAAGUUCCGUAAAGCUAGGGUUCGUCUCUGCCAGUGAGUUGAGCGUGAGCUGGGUGAGGACGCGUGCUGUGACAAAACGGCAGGUUGAUUUGCAAUUCUUCGACACUGUCGUAAGCUGGAUUUGCGAUCAAGUUGGAGAAUACAUUGAAGAGAAUGCGAUAGAGUCUGACGCUCAAUUUGUUCUCGGGACGACAUUCAGCUUUCCAUUGAAUGAGCGCGGCGAGAUAAUGACCGUAGGAAAAGGCUACACAUUGACCGAGGAGGUAACCGGUCUGAGCGUCACAACUAUAUUGGAACACAGUUUCUGCAGAGUGCUUGAGAAACGCGCUCUGCGGUUCCAGGUGCAAGUGCGCGGUGUCAUCAACGACAGCGCGGCGGUUUUUCUUGCUAAUCAAGCGAGAAACGAGGCCGGCGACGUAUCGCUCAUCCUGGGGACAGGCAUAAAUGCCUGCUUUUCGUUAGCGAACGCGGAGUUGCCAGAAGCGAAACAACGCGCGGGCGCCGCAGACGAUGCACGAGUACUGGUCAACUCCGAGAUAGGGUUUUUGGGCGCGCAAUACGUGAAGAUGACGCAAUUCGACCCUUAUGGCGAGGUCCCCUUUAUGCCGCUCGAGUACGUUUCGAGUGGGAAGUGGCUGCCGUUGGCACUGGAAAAAGUGCUUCGAUACUAUGGGGUUUUACCGGACUCGCUGGAGGGUCUUGAGUUCGAUGGGAAACUGGUCUGUGCCAUCCUGAGUGGCGCCACGGAGAGUAUUUUGGGAGCCGAAAGGCAAAAACAGACGGAGGAGGUCUGCAGAGUGCUCGUAGAGAGAGCGGCGAUUUACACGUCGUGUGCAUUACUCGCCGUCCUUCAACUCGCUGGGCAUGACCGAAAAGCGGCCGGGAGUCGCGUGGAGGUGGGCUUCGCGGGGUCGUUUCUACAACAUUGCGCUGCGUACCGGGCACGAAUCGAGGAGCUGAGUGGAGGCGUAAUUGAACUAAUAUACCUUGAGCACAGCAACUUGCUGGGCGCCUUCAUGCAUAGCUGCGAGGAGGCACGUGCGGAGUUAGCGACGGGCGUGGACGCGGGGAAGCCGCUCACGUGA